UGGUAGGCAUAACAAAAAAAAAACAAAAUGGAUUUCUUCCCUUUCCUGGCUGCUCUAUUCCUCAUAAUCGCCGCAACUUGGUUGAUCUCCUUCCGGCGCCGGAAGAGCCUACCACCCGGGCCAACGCCCCUCCCCAUCAUCGGGAACAUGCUGCAGCUCGGGUCCCAUCCCCUCGAGACAUACACCAAACUAUCCAAGAAAUACGGCUCUCUCAUGUCCAUCCACCAAGGCAGUCUGUACACCGUUGUCGUCUCCUCCCCGGAGAUGGCCAAGGAAAUCCUGCUAAAAUACGGACAGGGAAUCUCUGGCCGAGGCACGGUGCAGGCGAUGGAAGCAUGCGGCCACAAGGAGAGCUCCAUGUCGUUCAUUCCCAUGGGGGACGAUUGGCGCGACAUGAGGAAGAUAUGCAAGGAGCAUAUGUUCUCGAGCCAGUGCUUGGAGAGAAGCCAACAACUCCGCAACCAGAAGCUGCAGCAGCUGCUCGGCUAUGUCCAGAAAUGCGCGGAGGAAGGCAGGGCCGUUAAUAUCAACGAGGCCUCAUUCAUCACCACGGUCAACCUCAUGUCGGCCACUCUGUUCUCGAUGCAGGCCACCGAGUUCGACUCCUCAGCCACCAUGGAGUUCAAGGAGAUCAUGGAAGGCUACGGUAUCCUCCUCAGAGUGCCUAACUAUGCCGACUACUUCCCCAUCUUGAGGCCUUUCGACCUGCAGGGGGUCAAGCGUCUGGCCGAGGUUAAUAUCGGCAGAUUGCUGGGGUUAAUCGAGGGCUAUAUCAAUGAGAGGAUCCGCAUCCGAAGAGAGAAUCCUAAUGUUCCCAAGAAGGAUGACUUCUUGGAUGUCAUUGUGGAUUCUCUUCAGGCCAAAGAUAACAAGUUGACGGCUACACAGUUCAACCAUCUCGUCUUGACAUUAUUUACUGGAGGAGUAGAGACGAGCACAACCAUGUUGGAGUGGAUUAUGCAAGAGCUAGUAUCGCACCCGGAUAAAAUGGCGAAGGUGGAAGCCGAGCUGAAGAGCGUGAUGGGGGAUGAGAAGGUGGUGGACGAAUCAAAGAUACCGAAGCUUCAAUAUAUGCAAGCAGUGGUGAAGGAGUCGUUCCGGCUUCACCCUCCGGUCCCUCUCGUUACCCGCAAAGCAGAGAGCGACCAAGUGGUGAACGGGUAUCUGAUACCCAAGGAUACACAGGUGCUGGUCAAUGCUUGGGGUAUGGGUAGAGACUCCAGAAUCUGGAAGAAUCCGCUUUCAUUUGAGCCUGAACGAUUCCUUGAUCAGAAGAUAGACUUCAAAGGCCAUGAUUUUGAGCUAAUUCCGUUCAGGUCGGGUAGAAGGGUCUGUCCCGGUCUACCGUUGGCCAACCGGAUUUUGCAUACGAUGCCGGCGACUCUGGUACACAACUUUGACUGGAAACUGGAGCGGCCGGACGCGAGCGAUGAUGAAGCGAAGGGAGUGCGCCGGGCAGUUCCACUCAAGGUCAUCCCAUAUAAGAAGGCAUGAUGUUUCCUCUUCGAUGUCUAAAUAAAUUUACACUCUCGUGUUGUUACUGCCUAUAACUCUAUUUAUAUGUAACCUCAAUAUGUGUAUUUACUAUUUACCCUCAUGUUUUGUAUCAUGUAUUAUAUUAUUAUAAAUGUUGAAUUUCAAUUUGUGUA